UGUGAGGGACCUAUAUUGUGAAAUUUUCCUGAAAUUCCCUAACUCGGAAGUACUUUCUUAGUGUUGCUGACGAGACACUGAUUCGUUUUACCUUAGACAGAACAACAUGGGGUCGAGGGCACCAGCAGCUACCGGCAGACUCCUGGUCGGCUUCCGUAAAUGGUACUACAAUGCGGCCGGAUUCAACAAAAUUGGUCUGUUGCGUGAUGACACGAUCCAUGAGGAUGGCGAUGUGAAAGAAGCCCUGCGGAGGCUCCCAGAGAAAGUGUACAAUGACAGGAUGUUCAGGCUCAAGAGAGCCCUGGACCUGUCCAUGAAGCAGGCAGUUCUGCCUAAGGAACAGUGGACUCAAUAUGAGGAGGAUGUACAUUACCUGGAGCCUUACCUGGAAGAGGUCAUCCGUGAGAGGAAAGAGGUUGAGGAGUGGUCGAAGAAAUGAGAUGAAUCUGGAGGGCUGCUGUUCCUUCUCUUUGGUCUGGUUUAUUGUUGUCCUCUGUUGUAAUGUUUAAAAUAAAGUUUACCCUAUGGGAAGACUGCUUAUUAAAAAUGUACAUUUUUGCAAAA